UUCUUCACCAGGUGGUUACGGAGUCUGAACUGAGACGGCAACCGGGGCAACGUUCAUUCUUCAGCAUCCACUUUUGGUUAUGGAGUAUGAACUGAGACGGCUACGGGGGCAAUAUUCAUUCUUCAGCAUUCACUCUUAUAUGAUGUUCGCGCUGUUGAUUGUUUUGCUUCGGAGCAGCUGAGACCUUUAAUUGCCUUAAAUUGCCUUUUUCUUGGGACUCGUGCUGCUUUCCUUAUCGGCUGUCAAUUCGCAACUUUCCGACACCUACUCCCACCCUUUGAGUCACUCAUGACUGCUUGAGUCAUUCACGUCUUAUAUCUACAGACCAGCACGCCAUUCAGUUUCCAUUCCUACAACAUUUUUAUGCCAUUGAUCCAUGCAUAGGCGGAUUUCUGUGAUCCCAUCAGAUUCUGAUUCUGAGAUGGUUUCCUUUUCUCGAGUUGUACAUUUGAUAACCAACUGCUAGUGGCUGAAGUGCUCAAAGAUUCCCUGUUCUCUUCCAAGACAGAAAUUUGAGCAACGGUUCCAGAGAUUGGAACUCUUUCUGUAUAGUAAUAAUACUCCAUAAGAGUAGAGGAAGAGGAAAGAGAAAGCGAGAUGGCUGGGCAGGGGUCGUCGUGGAAUUCAACUCCGCUGCAAGUGUUGCAUGAUGUUCUGGGAUGGAUUGCGUUUGCGUCGUGGUCUAUCAGCUUCUAUCCCCAAGUCAUCUUGAACUUCCGCCGUAAAAGCGUUGUGGGCUUGAAUUUUGAUUUCGUGGUGUUGAAUCUCACAAAGCACUCUUCCUAUCUCAUCUACAACGCUUCCGUCUUCUUCAGUUCUGCCGUUCAACGCCAGUACCACCAAAAAUUUGGCUUUGAUCAGAUGAUUCCAGUGGCUGCCAAUGACGUAGCUUUCUCAAUCCAUGCGGUUCUGCUAACUGCAAUUACCUUAUUCCAGAUUGCAAUCUACGAGCGUGGACAUCAAAAGAUUUCUAGAACUGCAACCGCGAUUGUCAUAGUAGCUUGGUUAGCUGCAGCGGUCUGUGUUUUUGUAGCAGUUCCUCACCACAAGUGGCUUUGGCUGGUGUCAUGCUUCAACACAGUGCAAGUUGUCAUGACAGUCAUCAAAUACAUUCCUCAGGCUGUUAUGAAUUUCAAAAGGAAGAGCACCAUUGGAUGGAGCAUCGGCAACAUUUUGCUUGAUUUGCUUGGUGGUGUGACCAACUAUGCACAAAUGGCUGUGCAAUCCAUUGAUCAAAAAUCCUGGGUGAACUUCUAUGGAAACAUAGGCAAGACUCUGCUGUCCUUGGUGUCCAUUUUCUUUGACAUUCUCUUCAUCCUGCAACACUAUGUGCUCUACCCAUCCAAGGAGAAGGCUUUACCUCCUAAGCUUGAUGCGGUACCCUCCACUUCCAGCACUAGGGAUGUUGAAGAAGGCUGAUGGAAGCUAUGAGACGCUUGUUAGGGAGAGAUGCAGUCUGGCCUCUAACCAAUAUGAUCAACUUGUUAAGCAUUAGACUAGCCUAUGUUAUUUUGUUGCCAGAAAAUGUGAAAGACAUCAUACAUAUUUAGCAUUAGAAAAAUAUGUUUUAUAUAUAUAUAUAUAUAUAUAUGUAGUCAAAAGAUAUUUACAGUUAGAGGGCAAUUACCAUUAAGUCAUCUCUAGUUUAGCAUUCAAGCUAAAGGCGGGGAACAUUGUUUCCAUACAACACCAUAUAUCAUGAAGUCGAGGAGGACCCUAGCAGAGGGCUACACUACAGGACGUUUACUUAGAUCGGCUCUACCCAAACUUUUCUGGUUCAAAAAAGACUCUCUUUCUAAAGGAGGAGGGAGCAUGAAUAAUAGGAUUUCAUCUAUAGGGUAGGUGUUGGGACAGGAAGCGUUGGCACCAAUGAUAGCAUAACUGGUUCAAAGUGCGGUGGGUAGCAAGAAUGAGGGAUUGGAGGUCUAGCUUUCUCUUUUGCUUGUGACUGGGCGGCCCCCUUAUUCUUACUGCGAGCAGCUUUGUUCGGAAUGACUAUGACCGGGCACGAUGAGUACGAGUAAAAGAGCAGGAGUCUGUUUGAUCCCUUAAACUGCUGCUGAGUUCAUCCAAAGCUGCCAGAGAAAGAUGGCUGUGAGCACAAUGCUCUUUCCCACUUGGCCUUGAGGCUGCUAGUUUGGAGUAUCUCACCACCUCCAGAAGUCCCAUUGCUCUUCCUUCAGCCCGUCCCACUGCACCUUAAAUAGUGUUUGUGCUAUUUAAACAGCUGUGUAUCACUUGCCUUUUAAUAUGCAUUUUAGUAGUUAAUUAUGCUUGUGUACAUAGCUUCUAGUUUUCAUGCUAGUUGCUUCAGCUAACUUAAAGGUUUAAACUUCAAUUCCAAAAUUAUUAGGAUGCCAUAUACAGGUUGAGAAUAUGGUGGGCAGUGGCUGUGCCUUGCACAGCUAGCCUUGCCUUCUAAAAUUAACUUGUACAAAAAAUAUUUA